UGUUAGCCACUAGCACAAGAAGACCUUUGUACCACCCCCUCAAAUCAAUUUCAAGAGCUAUAUCUGUGCUAAAGUUUUUAAUUAUUUAACUACAUUUUGUUACAAUAUUUUAGAAGAAAAUGGCCCGUGUCUUGGUUGGAGUUAAACGUGUGAUCGACUAUGCUGUCAAGGUCCGUGUCAAGCCAGACAAGACUGGCGUAGUCACCCAGGGUGUUAAGCACUCGAUGAAUCCUUUUGAUGAGAUUGCCGUCGAGGAAGCAGUCAAAAUGAAGGAGAAGAAGCUGGCCACGGAGGUCAUUGCUGUGUCCGUGGGACCAGCUCAGUCGGCGGAAGUGAUACGCACUGCCAUGGCCAUGGGCGCCGAUCGUGGCGUCCAUGUGGACGUGCCACAGGCCGAAUACGAGCUGCUGCAGCCCAUCCAUAUCUCCAAGAUUCUUGCCAAGUUGGCGCUGGAUGAGAAGGCGGAUCUGGUGAUCCUCGGCAAGCAGGCCAUCGACGAUGACGCCAAUCAGACAGCCCAGAUGACCGCCGCCGUGCUGGACUGGCCCCAGGGCACCUUCUGCAACAAGAUCGAGAAGACGGAUGCUGGCCUGACCAUCACGCGGGAAAUCGAUGGCGGUCUGGAAACGAUCAAAACUAAGAUACCAGCCGUACUGAGCGCUGACUUGCGGCUGAACACGCCACGCUAUGCCACGCUACCCAACAUCAUGAAGGCCAAGAAGAAGCCACUGAAGAAGGUUACGGCCAAGGAUUUGGGCGUUGAUACGACGCCACGCAUUGAGGUCAUCUCCGUUGAGGAUCCACCUGUGCGCCAGGCAGGAGCCACCGUUGCCGAUGUCGACGCCCUAGUGGCCAAACUGAAGGAGGGGGGCCACAUCUAAAACAAAACUCUCUAAGAAUAAAGUGAUUGUAAGCUCUGAUUGUAAAUCGUAUAUAUGACAGACAGACAGGCAGGGUCAACUCAACGACUCGUCUCGACCAUUUUCCAAAACUCCUUUUCAGGAAAAUCUCGCUCAACUUGAAGCGGCCCAAAAAAGUGGAUUCAACGCCUAACCCGAUAUGGCACACCCAAUGGUAAAUGUUUUUCUGCUGUAUUUCUUUUCUUUAUUUGCAAGCGGUUCACAUAAAAGGAAAACAUUUGCUAAUACAUGUUUUUAUAGAGAAGUAUAAAUUGUACAUAAAGAUAUACAUAUAUAAAAUUCUUAACUACAUGCUAAAAUCUUGUCGUUUUUUGUUGUAUUUGAAUUGGACGAUUACGAAACACAUAUGCGCAUAUGCUUAGAUU